ACGACAUGUCGUUCAAAUUGUUGUGUUGCCAAAUGGGCAGCCAAACCGCAACGACAUAUCACUACUUCUCUCUGUACAUCAUCCUCUUCCCAGAACAGACUGGUUUGGGCCUUUCGACCAAAAAAAAAAAACAAAGUGACUGGUUUGGCCAGCGAGAGAGCAACAGAAAAUGAGACCCUCUUCGGCAACUCAAGCUCUCACUCUCUUCAGCUCUCUGCCCAGAAACUUAAUCUUCAACGCAGAGCCUCAGCCCUCAUCUCUUCAGCUCUCGAGACCCAAAAGAUGGAAACUGAUAGUGACGAUGAGAGACAGAAGCAAUAACCCGAGACCAUUGCAGAAAGGGAGACACCUCAGCAUCGAAGCCAUACAGACCGUACAGGCCUUGAAGAGAGCCAAGAAGAACCAGAGCUUUCUUGACCAAGCGUUCGGUUCUAAGUUCAGGCGCUUGCUGAAGCUCGACAUGAUGGCUGUCCUUCGUGACCUCCUCCGCCAAAAUGAGUGCUUCUUGGCCCUCAAGUUUACGCAGACUCCUAAUAAAUAUUUGCCGCUAAAUUACAUGGUCUUUGAAGAUAUUCGAAAAGAACACUGGUAUAGGCCGCAGGUUUCACUUUAUGCUGAUAUGAUUAAAGUAAUGGCUAGCAAUGAAUUGUUUGAACAAGUUGAACUUCUUUGCUUGUGCUUGAAAAAAGAAAGAAAUUUACACCCUGAACUUGAGGCUUUUAAUGCUCUAUUGACAACAUUGAUAAGUUUUAAAAUCCCUAAACUUGCAAUGGAGUGCUUUUACUUGAUGAAAGAGGUGGGAUGUGAACCAGAUAGGUCAUCCUUUAGAAUACUCAUUAAUGGUCUAGAAUCCAUGGGAGAGACAGGUCUUUCAGGUAUUUUGAGGCAGGAUGCUCAAAAGUAUUAUGGUGAAUCUCUGGAGUUUUUAGAGGAGAAUGAAGAAAUGGCAGUCAAGUGAGCCAUCGAUGACUUGCUGGAUUUAGAUCAUAUGAUAUUGUCUGUAAGGAAGUAUGUAUGAAACUCUAACCAUAAUGGAUAAAAUACUAUUGACUGCA